AUGACGCCACUUCCCGAAGACGUCAUCCUUGACAUCUUAGCGCGUGUAUCAAGAUUCGACUAUCCAAUUCUCUCCUUCGUCUCAAAGCACUUCCGAUCACUCGUUGGUCCCCUGAGUUAUACGCAAGGCGAUCUUUGUUGGGCUGCACCGAACCCUGUCUCUAUGGUGUUCGCUACGACAGCUACUUGGUGA